UGCCUACUCUGCUGUGUUGGGUACCUUGAUCUCGCUUUUGCUGUUGCCUUUGUUAUUGUACGUCUGGCUGUCUGCCCAUCUGCCGCCUCUUUGUCCUGUUUGCUCCGUUACUCCCAUGCCCUGGUGCGUAGUGCCUGGUGCUGGUACGUUACCCUUUGAUUUUUUCUCGGGCGAGUGUGGGAAGCGUCCUCCUGCAUUUUUGUGUUUGUUUUAUUGUUAUCGGUUUCCGAGGGCUCUUUUCUCGAACGGUCGGUGCGAUACCAGUUCAUUUCUUUCUUUCAUUUUGUUUUCUUUUUCCGAGUGGUUUGUACCCUGUUUUUGUUUUGUUUCCCCGCGGCGUCGUAUGUGCCGGGUUUCGAGACCACGGGCUCCCCAUUUUUUGUGGACUAUAGAGCGAAUGUGAGAAACAAAAACAACAAUGACACCCUCCGCCACUCGUGGUCUCGGUGCAACCCUGGGGGGCAAGAACAGACACAUGUCUUGGGAACACGAUGCGCACAAGUACAGCCGACAACUUCUGCAUGCAGCCUCAAUGCGUUAUAGCGGUGACCUCCCAGUUCUCUCCGGGGAGGACACGGCGAAGUGCACGGUGCUGGAGGCCGCAGGUGACGGCAAUUGCUCGCUUCACAGCAUCUACAGGCUGCUGCACCCCGAGCGAGAUAGUGUCAUGAAAGGGCAGCAGUUGCUUUCACUGAGAAACUACGGUCAGUUACUGGACAACACGGUGUCCGAGGAAGAAAUGCUGAGAUUGUCCAAUCUCGGCUUCGACAAGGGUUUCUACCGAAAGCGCACCUCCUCAUCCGGUCGAGGUACAAGACGCAAACCAGUGAAGAUUGUGCGAGAGGUGGUAGAGGACAUGCACAACCAACUGGGGCGAGACCACGGGCUAUUUCAUUGGCAUCUUUUUGGGAAGAAUUUUCUGCACCUGGUGUACAAUGACUGCGGGGGCUACGGUGCAGAUAGUUGUUCUGGGGGUGCGGUUACAGUGCGCAACCCGAGCAGCAGCAACGUGGCGGAAACAAAGCUGAACCACUUCAGCGCUAUCGUGAUCCCACAAGAACUCGUGCCAUGCGCAUUGCCGUACAUGCUCGCACGGGGUUCCUCCCGCGAAUCUGUUUUUGGGCAUAGGAAGGCUGCAGACGAUUUUCGCCCGUGUCCAACCACAUCGGACAAGCGUUCGACGAAACACGGGGGCUCUACCAUUGCUUUCGAUACUGAUGAUGAUGACGAAACCGAGACAAACAGCAGCGUGCGAUCUCCCCGUUCUGCUGGAGGUGCCCGGUCAGUCACAACCUUACCCACCUGCGUAUCAAAGCCGGAGGCGCCGCCGGGGAAAGCGGCGAUCAAGCCCGCCACACCUCCUUCUGCCAGCAGCAUGUCGGCGACGACCGGAGCGAAUGAGACGCCGACGCCGGCGGAAACGCCAACCAAGCUCGCCAGCAGCAAAGCGCAAGAGCUGUCUUCAGAUGCGUCGGAGUCGGAGACGCUAGAGGCACGUGCUGCCGGCGCAGAUCCGUCGAAAAAGAAGCAUGGAAAGCGCAAGCGCCGCGAGACUUGCCAUGCUUUGUUCGCCAGCGGGAAAGGCAAGGGCAGCGCUGUGGGGCCGAGGCGAAGUCUCCCUGUGGUGUGCUCUGUAGCAUGCACAGAGCCUGAGGGGGACGAGGAGAUGAGUGACGGGGGUAGCGACGGCGAGUUUCCGGGGGACUUGGCAGACUAUGACGAGCCGUCCGUGACUAUCAAAAGCUCCCAGCAGAUCAACGCUAUGGUGGACAAGAAACCGGAGGGCUGGGGAAGGGCGGCCCUGAAGUUCGUCUUCGAGUUGGUGCAACACACACAUGACUUCCGAAACGACCUCAAGGUAGGGAUGUGUGCAUUGAUAUUUCUAGGAGUUUUUUUUUUCGGUAAAAGCUCGCCGCUUUCCGGUGUGUUAUGUAUGUGUUGUCAUUUGGGACCACAACGGCAGCACGAAAGCUACAGAGGAAAGAUGCAGAUCGUACGGCUGGAUAGGCCGGCGGCCGCUGCAGCGGUAAGGAUGCUCGUGGUGGAGUUGGCGGUGGAGACUGCGACAGCAGUAGGAGCGGUACCGUGCGGAAUAGGGGUGAGGGAGAGGGUGCAGCAGAUGACGACAGGAGUCAUACCGGAGCGGGGAGCGGUGCUGCGGGCUCAUGUGGAGGUGAUGGGUUUGAUUUUGACGGUGAAGGCUUCUACCGAGGAGACGGGCACGGGUACCACGAUUGCCACCUCGAAGAAAACAUUGGAUGCGUUGCCGAUGUUUGGCCCCGAGAAGUUGGGCAGGUUCUCGGCGGAUGGGCUAGGCGAGCUGGCGUUCACGUUCCUCUGCAUCAUGUUCCCGGCGGCGGUGAUCUCACACCUGGUCCUGAAGACAAACGAGUACUUCAAGUUCUGCACGAGCACAACGAACCCCAAGGGACAGGAGCAGCGUCACCGCGACAAGAAGAAGAAGAAAGGUGUCAUCGGGAUCACCCUUGACACCGGACAGGUCCAGUUGCCGGAGCUGCAGGACCACUAG